AGAUUAUCUAUGGUCGAAGGGUUGCACGCAUUGGAUAUGACAUUUGUUUUCAUUCCCGGGGGUUGUAUAGAUAUCUGUGUCUGAAGUUCCUUGCAAAUGCAAUGUUGUUGAUGUUAGUGGUGUGUCCUGUUGUGCUUCCGUGUGUGUUGUUGUUGAGAAGUUGUUUUGAAGUGUUAUAAGUGGCGUCGUACUGAUGCGAAUAUUUCGUAUGCUAUGUCAGAGCCCCGUAGUAUUGAAUGUUUGUAAUCUCAAGUGUAUGGUGUAGGCCUCCAGUGGUUAUGGUGUUACAGAUUAUACAGUUCGCUUGUCAGUGAAAGCAACAGACACAAUGAGCCGCAAUGAAACUGCGACGUAUCGUUUGUCGGACAAAGACGGAAGGGAUUCGGAAACUUACCGGAAAGAAGACAGCGAAAAAAGGAAACAGAAAAGACAUGAAGAGGAUACAAGGGAAGAUCAGUACAAAAGACGCCGCAAUAGUUCAGGGUCAAAGUAUAAGGAUAAAGAACGCAAUAGCAGAAGUAGAGAUUGCAGUGCUUCGUUCGCUGAUGAUGAAACAAAAAACCACCAGUACAGCAGGACAGAGCAGAAUGGUUCAGGUAGAAGCAAGCGCUACGAAGAUUCGAGGACCAUGAGAGACAGGUAUGGUAGUAGUCAUGAACGAAGUGAAAGACGCAAUUCCGACAGACACUAUUCGGCAGAUAAAGACGGUUAUGAGAGAUAUUAUUCAGAUCCACGUAGUUUCCAUGAUAACGGCGAAAAUUUCAGAUUUCAGAGGUCUGAAUAUAGAAAUAGGGAUUCCUAUUCAGACAAGUCUUAUACAGACAGGAAAGAUAACAAAAACUCUGGCAGUAAACACACUGACUAUAGAGACAGUAGUAGGAGACGUGACCAUCGCAGUCCCAAGAAAGACAGUAGUACUGUGUUGGAUAACAGAUCAAAACCCACUAGUGAAUCGACAGCCACCGAAAGUGCAAACGUGACGAUGGAACCACCGGCAGCUCCAGCACCACAGAAAAAAUCCCUCGAUAUGAUUACAUCAAAAACUGGAGGUGCCUAUAUCCCUCCAGCUAAGCUGAGAAUGAUGCAAGCCCAAAUAACAGACAAAACGAGUGCUGCUUAUCAGAGAUUGGCUUGGGAAGCUCUUAAAAAGUCUAUUCAUGGCCACAUCAACAAAGUUAACACAGGAAAUAUCGGUAAAAUUGUUCGGGAACUCCUUCGAGAAAAUAUUGUUAGGGGCCGAGGAUUGUUGUGUCGGUCUAUUAUACAGGCCCAAGCUGCAUCACCCACUUUUACUCAUGUUUAUGCUGCUUUAGUUGCUGUUAUCAAUAGCAAGUUUCCCAAUAUUGGAGAGUUGUUGCUGCGGCGGAUUGUUAUUCAGUUCAGACGUGGCUUCAGAAGAAACGAUAAAAGCACAUGCAUUUCAGCUGUAACAUUCAUCGCACAUCUUGUUAACCAGAGAGUGGCUCAUGAAAUAUUAGCACUGGAAAUCCUUACAUUGUUGAUUGAAACACCAACUGAUGAUUCUGUUGAAGUAGCAAUUGCAUUUCUCAAAGAAUGCGGCAUGAAGCUAACAGAAGUGUCCAACAAAGGAGUUCUUGCCAUCUUUGAGAUGCUUCGUAAUAUUUUACAUGAAGGACAUCUAGAAAAAAGGGUACAAUAUAUGAUAGAAGUUAUAUUCCAAAUUCGUAAAGAUGAAUUUAGAGACCAUGCAUCAGUCAUUCCAGAACUGGACCUUGUAGAAGAGGAGGACCAGUUCACUCAUCUGAUAACGCUGGAUGAAGCAAAAAAUGCAGAAGAGAUAUUAAAUGUGUUCAAAUUUGAUCCAGAAUAUGAGACAAAUGAAGAAAAAUAUAAUGCUCUAAAGAAAGAACUGUUGGAUGAGAGCAGUGAUGAAUCUGGUAGUGGUUCUAGCUCAGAGAGUGAAGAAGAUUCAGAAGGUGACAGUGAGAAUGAGGGAGAGAAGGAAGAAACAAUUCUGGACAACACUGAAACCAAUCUUGUUGCCCUUAGGAGGGCAAUUUACCUUACAAUUCAUUCCAGCUUAGAUUUUGAGGAAUGUGCACAUAAGUUGAUGAGAAUGGAAUUAAAACCUGGCCAGGAAAUUGAACUCUGCCAUAUGUUUCUGGAUUGUUGUGCUGAGCAGCGAACAUAUGAAAAGUUUUUUGGCCUUCUUGCACAAAGAUUCUGCCAGAUCAACAAGGUAUACAUACCUCCAUUCCAACAAAUCUUCCGUGAUACCUAUAACACAAUACAUCGUUUGGAUACAAAUAAAUUGAGAAAUACUGCAAAGUUCUUUGCGCAUUUGUUAUUUACUGAUGCCAUUUCAUGGGAAGUGCUUUCUUUUAUAAAGCUGAAUGAAGAGGACACAACAAGCUCAAGCAGAAUCUUUAUUAAAAUCCUCUUUCAGGAGCUUUCUGAAUAUAUGGGACUAACAAAAUUGAAUGAGAGAGUAAAAGAUCCCACAAUGCAGAUAGCUUUUGAUGGAUUAUUUCCUCGUGAUAAUCCAAAAAACACGAGGUUUGCAAUAAAUUUCUUCACCUCGAUUGGUUUGGGUGGCCUAACAGAUGAGCUGCGGGAACAUCUAAAAUCUCAACCAAAAGUUUCCAUGCUACCUGCUUUGAUGAAGGCACUCAGUUCCUCUGAUAGCAGUUCAAGCACAUCAGAUUCCUCAGAAAGCAGUUCAUCUGAUACAUCAUCAGACUCGUCAUCGUCUUCAGAGGAAGAAGCUAGGAAGUCAAAAAACCUUAAAAAAAAGAAAAGGAAAAAGACUGCAGACAGUACAAAGAAACAAAAAACGUCUGCAAAAAAGAAGAAACAUAGUAGAUGAAUGCCUGGAACAGUGGUGCAUACUGUGAUGUGUGAAAAAUUUGUUAUUGUGGAUUAAAUUGUUUUACAAUUUUAUAUUCAGGGAGAUGUUUCAAUGUAAGUCAUCAGUGAAAUGUGUGCACAUACUGGAGCAAAGAUUAUUACUGCCACAACACGUAUACUUUUAUUAUUAUUAUUAUUAUUAUUAUAUUAACAAAGAUGUUAAGUUCGUAAUAGAAUAAAGUUGUAAAAAAAUCUA